GCCGCCUCCCAGUGACAGCACGGCAGGGCCCGGGCGGCGCGUGCUCAGUGCGGAAUGGCGGCUCUUUUGGAAUCGCUGUUACAAAAGACGGUGCAGGCGGAGGAGGCCGUGCGGUGGCUCAGGCGCUGCCAGGACAACAAUAAGGACCGUUCUCUUCGUGAGGUGCAGAGGCAAGAGUUUGUGCCAUUUCUCUUGAACUUCUUGCGGGAACAGAGCAGCCAUGCCCUGGCCAAUGGACCCGCCACACCUGCCAAGACACCUGCUUCCCAUCCCCUUCGUACCGUAGGGUCGUCCGGUGACCGUAGGGGGUGUAAGGCCGGCGGGGGGGCGGGGCAUCGCAGCGCCAGUCGCGUGCGCUUAUUUUCCCCCGCUCCUUCCCUGUCCCCUGUGGUUGGAACCGAACGGGAGACGCCAUCUGAGCCGCAGUGCUUAAGUGGUGUCAGCACCCACAGCAGCCCAUCUUUUGGUACCGGGUGGAGCCCAAGCCCCAGGGCCACGCCCACAGAGCGUCGCUCGGACCAGCGUGUCAGCCUGGGGGACUUCCUGCUGUCUCCGAUGGAGGCCCAGUCGAGCUCUGCCCCGCGACGAGGCCGCAGGAGAAGUGGAGGAGCGGGGGCGUUUCAGGGGAGGCAGAGCGGGGGCCGUGGUCGACACGAGGAGGCCGGAACGUGGGAAGCGGGGAGGAGGAGCCUCAAUGGUGGAGGCAGCAGGACAAACGCAUCGCUGUCCCCCACACCUGUGCAACUCAACUUCAGCAACCUGGAGGACUUUCCUCCAGUUGGGGCAUCUCCAGUGUCACCGGUGCUAACCAAGCCCUCACGCCGUAUCAAUCCUACGCCAGUCAGUGCAGAGCGCCCGCUCUCAAAGCCCAAGAGCUGUUUCACCUCCACUCCUUUCAGCAAGCUGUCCGACCAGUCCGCUCUUCCAGCAGGAACCGAUGCAGCACAGUCUGGGGGCAAAUUCCACAGCCUGCAGGAGGAGAGGGAGUUGCUGAGGAAGGAGAAAUCCAAAAUAGCCCAACAGGUCUCUUCUCCAGCGAAGCCCACCCAGGAGCCUUGUACCCCCACAAAACCAAGUAGCAGAGCUGGUACUAGAGUAGCACCUGAUGCUCAAGUGUCCCCUGAGCCCAUGAAGGUGACCUUUUCAUCUGAACUUGACCUUCUGGCUGAGCUCUACUGCACAUGCAUUGCUGAGAACUUGGUACCCAGUGUGUUCCUGGAGCUCUUCUUUGUCCUGCAGCUGCUGACAUCACGAGCCUCACCAGCUUCUGGUGAAGAAGAAGAGAGAGAGAGAGAGUUUCUGGAGCUAAAUAUGGGUGUGCUGGAGAGGCGCUACCUUGGCAGUCUGCACAACUGUGUGUAUUUUGCUGUGAGGGUUCUGGAGAGUCAGUUGGAGUUGGUUUGCCACCUAGACAGGUGCACUCUACGGUUGCUGGCAGAAAAUGAGAGGGUGGGAUCCUUUUGCCCAAGUCUGCGGGAGCAGCUAAACCGGGCCCAGGAGACCAGUAUGGCUGAGGUGUCUGCUAUGCUUCCUGCCUUCAUCCAGUCUGUUCCCUUCCAGCCUGCUACUGACAACCGUUCCAACUUCAGCAGCAACAAGGCUUUCCACACUUUCAAGAAACAGAGGGACAUAUUCUAUGAAUUACUUCGGGAGUGGGAGGACAGCCACAAUGAUCCAGGCUGGGAGUUUGAGCAGGUCCUGGGCAGCAAAGUCAGGGAGAUGGUAAGCCAGGUGACGACAACAGGAAACCACUAUCACUUUGCCCGGCUUUUCCAGAAGCAGCUGGUGCAGAUGUGCAAGGGCACUCAGGUGAACAGUUCUCCAGGUGAUGCACCUGACCCUGACCUUCUGGGGAUGCUGGGAGCAGACAACUUGGGUCGGCUGAAGCGCCUGCAGGAGCGCCUCAUUCAGCCCCAAGGCUUUGUGGGUCCCUGUCCUCCACCCUCCUUUCCAGGAUACCAGGAGUUCUUCAGGGACUUCUUACAAGCUGCUGGCAGUUGCCAGCUAAACCAACACCUGACAGACAGCCUCUGUCAGGAGCUACUCCAGCUAGAUGAGGUGGCCAUCUUAGGUUUGGGGGGAACUGAAGCGGGAGGAGAAGGUGAAGGAGAUAUGGAGCAGCAGGAUGAGAAGCAGAGGUUUUCCUCCGUUCUCCUCACUGCCCGUCUCUUGGCCAAGUUCCUGGGUUUCAUCACCUUCCUGCCCUACCAAACUGCAGAACCCAUAGCUAAGCAGGUCCAAGAAGCUGCCAUAAGCAUCCGCAACAAGAGCUGCCCCGUGCUGGAUGUCUGCACAGUUCUGCGAAGCUGCGUGCGCAGGCGGCGUAUGGUGCUGACAGUGCCUUGGCUGGUAGAGUUUCUGUCCAUGUUGGACUUUGUGGGACCCUUCCUGCUCUGCUAUCGGACCGCCCUUGGCAUGUUGCUGUGCAUUUACAGGCGGAUGGUUCUGGGUAAGCGAGAGGACAUGUCCUACUUGAAUCGGCUCCUUCUCGUGGCAGUAAUGGGUUGGCUCUUCCAGAUCCCAGUAUUUCCAGAGGAGCUGUUUUUCCACAAUGACUUUGAGAUGGAGAUGGAGGUGACUAAGGGUCCAGCUGCUGCCCAGGGACUGGACUGCCUCCCUUUGGUAGACCAACAACUUCUCUACAACUGUUGCCCAUAUCUUAAGGAAUUCCGAAAGCUUCUGGCAGCCUUUGUAGCAGGAAGUACUGCCAAGAGUGGGGGACUGAUCCGAAAAAUCACUCCCACCUCAGCAGAGCCCCGAGGGUGUGCACCCAUUCAUUCUCAACAGAAACUGCAGGUGGAACUGGAGCAGGCCUUCUUUCACAAUCAGCCACCAUCUCUUCGCCGCACUGUGGAGUUUGUGGCCGAGCGGGUGGGAUCCAACUGUGUGAAGCACAUCAAGGCUACACUGGUCUUGGAGCUGGUGCGGACUGGGGAGAUGAUGCUGAAGGAGAGGCUAAUCACAGACAACGGUGCUACUGCGCUAAAACUGAGUGACUCUGUGUGUGCACAGCUGUGUGACUGCAAAAUGCAGACCCUGGAACUUGCUGCCAGGUACUGCAGUGAGAAGGGUCCGGAAGCUGUGAGGGUCCUCCUGCCUGAAGAAACAUCCCCGACGGUCUUUGCCACAUCUGAACGCAUAACAGUGCGUCUGGCCACUGAGAAAGCCCGCAACUGGCUCUCCUCUAACAUCACAGCCUUGAUCAAGAGAGAGUGGAAGACUGCUUUCCAGCGUGUGAUGAAGGCACAGCCAUCUUCUCCCAUGGCAUCUGGUAACGAGCAUGUGGUCAGAGCUUUGGUGGGCUCGAAGGAGCAGUCGGCACCUCCACAGGGAGUGAGUGAAGGAGAGGACAGGGCCACCCGAUGCCCCCCAGGCUGCACCCACAAUGUUGCAAUGCCUUCAGACAUCAUCAAUGACAUUAAGGAGGUGCUGAGCAUUGCUGUGGGUCCCAGUUCUGAGGAUGAGUGCCUGAGUGUUUGUCAGCUGGAGGAUCUGCUGCGGAAGCUGGCUGAGACCUUGCACUGCAGGAAGUUCUUGACCCCAGUGUCCGAACAGAUGCUGCUGCGCUGCACUGUCCAGUUGGCCUGCAUGUUAGUGUCUGUGGGGUCAGCCCUGGUCUCCCCCCUUGGUUUUCCCGAGACAAAUGGGUCUACCAAGAGGACAGUCUUUGUCACCGAGUCCCUGUUGGAGCAGUUGAUCAGUCUGUGGGGACAAGACUGGUGCCCCCCUGCUCCCUUGCACCUUCUGUUCACCAAGAUGACAAUAACCUCUGUCUUAAACACUGAAGCACAGUGGCAGAACUACUUGUUCCUUGCUAAACAGCUGAUGGACAAAGGGCUGCUUAGAGGAGAAGCUUUGUCUCACUGGAAAAAACUGUCUGAGACAUCCUGGACACCGGAUUUAAUGAUGAAGAUGCAACAGUUGACCUUCGUUAUGCCUGAUUUACUGCAGACCAGCAGAGAGCGAAUGCAGAGCACAACCUAACCAGCAGGUGGCGUCAUACAACAUUCUGGAACUGAGACACAAUACCAGUACGAUCUGUCAAUGGAUGCAUGUCUCAAAGGGGAACUGUGGGUCGUUUCCACUCUAUGGUGUAAAGUUUAGUUAAGCAUUAGUCAGACUUGUCAUUGUUAUAGUCAAGUGGUCACACCCAGUUUCUCAUUGUUUCUGUGUGUCUUCACUUCUGGUUCCCUUUCUGCUGUAGACCAGGAAUACAGGUUGUGUUUUACAGGCUGAAAGCAGAAACUGAGGGAGAGAAUUUAAAGCCCAAGUGGAACAUCUGUUUGAGCAUAAAUGCUCUCUGGCUUUACUGUGCUGUACCAAUGGGACGUGUGCCUUAUUAAAGAUAAGUAUGUGCUUGAGGGGCCCACACUGUGAAAAUGAUAGUGUGCAUAUAUGCUUUGGCACUGUACAGCUCAUAACUCUUAAUAACAUGGUGUUGAUUAUUUAAAGGGUCUAAUGAGCUUUUCUGCUUUAUCACUGCUCUUCCUGUUUGCUGACCUGUCUGGGUACUUCUUUCACAAAUGCUUUUUGAGUGCAUUUGUGAUGGACUGCUGUAGUUCAUAUUGGACUUUGUGAAAGCUAUGUAUUGCUUUUAAACGGUUCUUUCCAUGCUGUUAAAUAUAAUAAAAUAUAUUUUA